AUGGCUAAUAAAGCUGAUGUUGAAGAACUUACAAGGAAAAUCGACGAGCUUACCAGGGCUCUGGCCGAUUCCAAUAAGAAGAUGGAUGAACUUACCAAAUCUCAGAGCGAUUCUUCAGUUAAAUACGAUGCAGUUUUGAGAUCGGUUGCUGAAAUUAAAGAGGCUCAAGUUAAGUCAACAACGGAGUUCGUGAGUGUAAUUAAUGCUGCAUUUGAAUCUCAGAUGGACCGUUACAUUGAAGAUUCAGGUGGGAGGAACUUAAAUCGAGACAAUCAGUUUGGUAAUAACAACGGAAUUUUGGGUCCUCAACCAAACAAAAACCAAAUUAAUCCAGAAUUGAAGGCAUUAGUGUUAGCAAAAAACCCUCACCUCACUGAAGAUUAUUUCACUUCCAGCUUCAUUAAUGGCCUUAAGGAAGAUCUUAGACUACAUGUUCAAAUGUUCUCACCAAAGACACUUACUAAUGCUAUCUAUUUGGCUAGAAUGCAAGAGGCACUCCUUGAUAAUACAACUAAGAAAACUAGAUCCCAAUACAUACCCUCGCCACUUUAUGUAUCAAACAACUAUUCUCAAAGAAAUACCACUUCUCCAGUUACAAGUCCUAGAACUUUCACUAAAAGUUUUUCUCCCUCACCUGCAAGUUCCUCACCACCCAUCAAAAAGCUGUCAUAUGCAGAUAUGCGGAAGCGCAGAGAGAAAGGCCUUUGUUAUAACUGUGAUGAAGUAUUUCAAGCAGGUCAUAAGUGCAUCAAACAACAAAUUUACAUGUUAGCUGUUGAUGAGGAGGAAUCAACACAAUAUGGAGAAGACUCCCCUAUUGAAACUCCAAAUUCUCCUAUUCAAGAAGAGGAAGUUGAAAUUUCAGUACAUGCUCUAGCUGGCAAUGUAUCCCACAACACCAUUCACAUAGAAGGAGCUACUAAGAAGCAUCCUCUGACCAUCCUUCUUGAUAGUGGCAGUACACAUAGUUUCUUAGACCCAGCAACAACAACAAGAUGUGGUGGACAUGUUAUUACUACAAGCUCAUUAUUAGUAGUUGUGGAUAAUGGAAAUAAGUUGGUUAGUGAUGCUAAAUGUCCAUCCUUCAAGUGGCAGAUGCAAGGGCAUGACUUCCAGUUUGAUAUGCAGCUCUUAACAUUAGGUGGAUGUGACAUGGUGCUGGGAGUCGACUGGAUGAGAGGAAUGAGUCCAAUGAUUUUUGACUUCAACAAAUCGACAGCGGAGUUCUCUAAAAAUGGACAGAACAUCAAGCUUCAAGGUAACAUCCCUACAGCUCAGCUUUCUAUGAUGUCUGACAAAGCCCUGCAUAAGUGGCUUAAGAAGAAUAAAAGUGGAAUGGUAGGUAGGAUUUUUGCCGUAACUGCUUGUGAUGAACAAUCAUUAACUCCUGCCCCCAUUUUACCCUUACUUGAAAAGUAUGCAUCAGUUUUUCAAGAACCCAUAACACUUCCUCCAUCUUGGGCCCAUGAUCACCAUAUUCCUUUGAAACCACUCACCACUCCCCUAAAUCAAAGACCAUAUAGAAUUCCCUAUAUUCAGAAGGAAGUGAUGGAGCAGUUAGUGCAACAGAUGCUUAAAUCUGAAGAACUACUUGAUGAGUUAUUUGGGGCAAGGGUGUUCACUAAAAUAGAUCUGAGGGCAGGGUAUCAUCAAAUUCGAGUUUUCCCUCCAGAUACAUACAAGACUGCAUUUAGGACACACCAAGGGCACUAUGAGUUCAUGGUAAUGCCAUUUGGAUUAACCAAUGCCCCAGCCUCUUUUCAAGCACUAAUGAAUGAUGUUUUUCAGCCUCAUUUGAGGAAAUUUAUUCUAGUAUUUUUCGAUGACAUAUUGGUGUACAACCCUGACAUGGAAGCUCAUUUGGAACAUUUGGAAAUUACUCUCAAGACUUUGCAACAACGUACAUUACAUGCCAAACUCAUCAAAUGUACCUUUGGACAAUCCAAAGUAGAGUAUCUUGAACACAUCAUCACUGGUGAAGGAGUCAAAGCUGAUCCAACAAAAGUUGAAUGCAUGCUCAAGUGGCCAAUACCCACCACUUUGAAGGAACUCAGAGGGUUCCUUGGACUUACUGGAUACUAUAGAAAAUUUGUGCAAGGUUAUGGAAUUGUAUGCAAACCUUUGACAGAACUACUCAAAAAGGAUAACUUCCAUUGGAAUACUAAAGCUCAAGCUGCCUUUGAAGCUCUUAAGAAAGAUGUCACAACCACCCCAGUCCUGGCACUACAUGAUUUCAACUUACCAUUUGAAGUAGAGACUGAUGCUUGUGAUACAGGAGUAGGGGCUGUACUGAUGCAGAACAGGAGGCCACUUGCUUAUUUCAGCAAGGGAAUGGGUACAAGAUUUAUUGCUAUGUCCACUUAUGAGAAGGAGUUACUUGCUAUUGUUAUAGAUGUUUCAAAGUGGAGACCCUACUUGAUGGGAAAUCACUUUACUAUUUUCACUGACCAUCAGAGAUUGAAAUUCUUCACGGAACAGAGGCUUCACACCGUGGUGCAGCAAAAAUAG